AUGGCGGGGAGUGGGCAGGGUAUAGAGCCUGCCUUGUUGGAUGACAUCAUCAAUCGCCUGUUGGAGUCCCGAAACGCGAGGACUGUGCGGCAGGUGCAGCUGUCGGAGAACGAGAUCCGUGCUCUGUGCACGACGUCUCGUGAAAUUUUCUUGUCCCAACCUAAUCUCCUCGAGCUGGAAGCCCCCAUCAAGAUCUGCGGUGACAUUCAUGGACAGUAUGGAGAUCUUUUAAGGCUUUUUGAAUAUGGGGGAUUUCCUCCAGAGGCCAAUUACUUAUUCUUAGGAGAUUAUGUGGACCGUGGCAAACAAAGUUUAGAAACAAUCUGCCUUCUUCUUGCCUACAAGAUAAAAUACCCGGAGAAUUUCUUUCUCUUGAGAGGAAAUCACGAAUGUGCUUCUAUUAAUAGGAUAUAUGGGUUCUAUGAUGAAUGCAAAAGGCGUUAUAAUGUGAGAUUGUGGAAAACAUUUACGGAUUGUUUUAACUGCCUUCCCGUGGCAGCUCUUAUAGAUGAGAAGAUACUCUGCAUGCAUGGUGGUCUAUCUCCUGAUCUAACACACUUGGAUCAGAUAAGAAAUUUACCUCGUCCGACUGAUAUUCCUGAUACUGGUCUGCUUUGUGAUCUUCUUUGGUCUGAUCCGAGUAGAGAAAUUAAAGGUUGGGGGAUGAAUGACAGAGGAGUCUCGUAUACGUUUGGCCCAGAUAAAGUGGCUGAAUUUCUUAUGCAGCAUGAUAUGGACCUUGUUUGUCGUGCUCACCAGGUUGUGGAAGAUGGGUACGAGUUCUUUGCCGAACGGCAGCUAGUUACUAUAUUUUCUGCUCCCAACUAUUGCGGUGAAUUUGACAAUGCCGGUGCUAUGAUGAGUGUCGACGAGAGUUUGAUGUGCUCGUUCCAGAUUCUGAAACCAACCGAGAGAAAGCGUUUCUUGUGA